CAACCUUAACCUCUAGCUUUGAAUGAUCUAGCCAACUAUAAAUAUUCUAACCAACUGGACGGUGGCAUCAUUGAGUUUAGCAACUGCAGAGUGUUAAGUUCAAAUAUUCGAAAAAAGACAAUAAACUAAUUGCAACUUGACAGGAUAAACAUAAGGAUACCAAUACAAUGAAACUCUUCGCAGUCGCACUCGCUGCGUGCUUUGUUGCCUAUGCCAUCGCACAAUCAGCACCAGCUGAGCCAUCCGCCGAGUAUUUGCCACCAGUCGGUGAUGAAUCGGCACCACUUGCCGAUGAUGGUUACCGUUAUAAGGCUGUGCGUCGUCUGAAGUAUCGUCAUCGUCGUGAGGUUCCCUCAGAAGAAUACUUACCACCAGUAGCUGCACCAUCCGCUGAAUACAUACCACCAGAGGGUGCUGAGACUCGUGUUGCCGAUGAUGGUUACCGUUACAAAACUGUAAGACGUUUCAAGGUACAUCGUCAUCGUCGUGAGGCUCCCUCAGAAGAAUACUUGCCGCCAGUAGCUGAACCCAGCGCAGAAUAUUUACCACCAGUGGGUGCUGAAACCCGUGUCGCUGAUGAUGGUUAUCGUUACAAGACUGUACGCCGCUUGAGAUUCCGUGCUCGUCACCGUCGUGAUGUCUCUGAAUUGACUUCACUGCCAUCUGCUGAAUACUUGCCUCCAGUUGAAGUUGAGUUGGCUCCUGAGUUGAAGACCGUUUUGGGUGAUGAUGGUUACCGUUAUAAGGCAGUGCGUCGGUUGAAGUACCGUCGUCAUCGUCGUGAAGCUGAGGCUGCUGAGGAAGUCGCUGUCGCUGAAAGCGCUGAUGCUCCCAAUGGUGAAUACUUGCCUCCAAGCAAUGAUGUCGCUGAAGUACCAGAAGUGAAAAGCGCGGAGUUGGCACAGGAUGGUUACCGUUAUAAAACUGUGCGUCGCAUCAGAUACCGUCAUCGUCAAUAGAAUGUAGAAAUGUAAUAAACUCUUAUAUUGAAUGAUAAUAGUCAGUGAUAAGUAAGAUGUGAAAAGAUGGAUAUGGAAAUUUAGAACGAAAUAGUCCCACAUGUGCUGAUUGCGCUUUACGAUUAGUUUGCUAAUGUUAAGAAAUAUAAU